GUUGAUGAUGAUGAUAUUGAUGAUGAUGAUGAUGAUGAGGAUGUGGAUGAUCAUGAUGAUAGUGAUGAUGAAGAUAAAGAUGAUAAUGUUAAUGAUGAUGAUGAUGAUAAAUAUGAUGAGGUUGAUGACCAUGAUGGUGAUGAUGAUGAUGAUGAUGAUGAUGAUGAUGAUGAUGAUGAUGAUGAUGAUGAUGAUGAUGAUGAUGAUGAUGAUGAUGAUGAUGAUGAUGAUGAUGAUGAUGAUGAUGAUGAUGAUGAUGAUGAUGAUGAUGAUGAUGAUGAUGAUGAUGAUGAUGAUGAUGAUGAUGAUGAUGAUGAUGAUGAUGAUGAUGAUGAUGAUGAUGAUGAUGAUGAUGAUGAUGAUGAUGAUGAUGAUGAUGAUGAUGAUGAUGAUGAUGAUGAUGAUGAUGAUGAUGAUGAUGAUGAUGAUGAUGAUGAUGAUGAUGAUGAUGAUGAUGAUGAUGAUGAUGAUGAUGAUGAUGAUGAUGAUGAUGAUGAUGAUGAUGAUGAUGAUGAUGAUGAUGAUGAUGAUGAUGAUGAUGAUGAUGAUGAUGAUGAUGAUGAUGAUGAUGAUGAUGAUGAUGAUGAUGAUGAUGAUGAUGAUGAUGAUGAUGAUGAUGAUGAUGAUGAUGAUGAUGAUGAUGAUGAUGAUGAUGAUGAUGAUGAUGAUGAUGAUGAUGAUGAUGAUGAUGAUGAUGAUGAUGAUGAUGAUGAUGAUGAUGAUGAUGAUGAUGAUGAUGAUGAUGAUGAUGAUGAUGAUGAUGAUGAUGAUGAUGAUGAUGAUGAUGAUGAUGAUGAUGAUGAUGAUGAUGAUGAUGAUGAUGAUGAUGAUGAUGAUGAUGAUGAUGAUGAUGAUGAUGAUGAUGAUGAUGAUGAUGAUGAUGAUGAUGAUGAUGAUGAUGAUGAUGAUGAUGAUGAUGAUGAUGAUGAUGAUGAUGAUGAUGAUGAUGAUGAUGAUGAUGAUGAUGAUGAUGAUGAUGAUGAUGAUGAUGAUGAUGAUGAUGAUGAUGAUGAUGAUGAUGAUGAUGAUGAUGAUGAUGAUGAUGAUGAUGAUGAUGAUGAUGAUGAUGAUGAUGAUGAUGAUGAUGAUGAUGAUGAUGAUGAUGAUGAUGAUGAUGAUGAUGAUGAUGAUGAUGAUGAUGAUGAUGAUGAUGAUGAUGAUGAUGAUGAUGAUGAUGAUGAUGAUGAUGAUGAUGAUGAUGAUGAUGAUGAUGAUGAUGAUGAUGAUGAUGAUGAUGAUGAUGAUGAUGAUGAUGAUGAUGAUGAUGAUGAUGAUGAUGAUGAUGAUGAUGAUGAUGAUGAUGAUGAUGAUGAUGAUGAUGAUGAUGAUGAUGAUGAUGAUGAUGAUGAUGAUGAUGAUGAUGAUGAUGAUGAUGAUGAUGAUGAUGAUGAUGAUGAUGAUGAUGAUGAUGAUGAUGAUGAUGAUGAUGAUGAUGAUGAUGAUGAUGAUGAUGAUGAUGAUGAUGAUGAUGAGAACUGA